UACUUAUGUAAUUCAAGGUGUUGUAAUCAUUGUUUUUGUAAACCUAACCUGUACUCUUAUUGGUAAACAAGAGGUGUUUUUAGUGGUUUAAGUCAGUUUAAGAAUAACGGAAAAUGUAUGCAAAAAAUUAGUGUUUGAGAAAGUGCAUGCUUAUUGAAUUGUUGUAAUAACCAUGUCUGGUGAAGCAGGAGCAAUCGGGAGUGAUCAAAUCAUAUUUGCCACAGGUGGCUAUGAUCAUACAAUCAAACUUUGGCAAACGCACACAGGGAAUUGCCAGAAGACAUUGCAACAUGCAGAAUCUCAAGUCAACAUGCUUGAAAUCACACCAGAUAGGAGGUAUUUGGCUGCAGCCAGUUACCAGCACAUCCGUAUGUUCGAUCUAACCACCACAAACCAAAACCAUGAUUUCAACUAUGAGGGAGUCCCCAAGAAUGUGACUGCUGUGGGUUUUGAGAAAAACACGAAAUGGAUGUAUUCCGGAGGCGAAGAUGGCAAAGUGAGAAUUUGGGAUUUGAGGGAGACAACCAAUAAUCCACAUCAUUAUGAAGUUUUUGCACCUGUCACCUGUGUCCAGCUUCAUCCGAAUCAGUCGGAAGUGUUCAUUGGAGAUCAGAAUGGCACUAUCCAUAUGUGGGACAUGAAGACAGAUAAUGCUGAUCAAUAUAUUCCAGAUUUGGAUAAUAUGAUUAUUGAUUUGGCCAUAAAUCCUGAUGGCACACAUUUAGCUGCUGUUAACAGCAAGGGCAGAUGCUUCAUUUGGAGUAUUUCUGGUGGUUGUAAAUCGGAGGAACGCACCACGAUUCUUCCGAAAAACAAAUUCGAAGCUCAUCCGAGGCAAGCGUUGAAGUGUAAAUUCAGUCCAGAUUCAAAUUAUCUAGUCACAACAUCGUCGGAUCAAACAGCGAAAAUUUGGGACGCUAAGAACAAUUUCAAAUUGAUCAAGGAAUUGAAGCAUAACAAUAAAAGAUGGGUUUGGGAUGCGGCUUUCAGUUCGGAUUCGCAAUACUUGUUUACAGGAUCUUCGGAUAAUAUUGCGCGCUUGUGGAACGUGAAGGAUGGAACCAUCGAGAGAGAAUACGUGGGACAUCAAAAGGCCAUCACGACAAUUGCUUUUCGGGACGUUUUUGUUCCCGCAUAAAACUAUCUAUUAUUU